AUGCUAGGGAGGAUAUUCAAACGUACGAUGCCAGACUUGAGAAAGAACGAACUCAUUACAUCCUACGAGGCUGUAAGGAAGGAUGUAGAGCUCUACGCUCGAGAAGCCGGAAAGAAAGGCGUAGUAUUGCUCCCUGUGUCGAAACUCAAACCUGCUAGCGACGUGCAAAUUCUAUACGACCACGGUGUACGCAGUUUUGGGGAAAAUUACGUACAGGAACUUAUUCACAAGGCUUCAAUUUUGCCGCAGGACAUCAAAUGGCAUUUCAUUGGUGGCUUACAGACAAACAAAUGCAAAGAUCUUGCAAAGGUCCCGAACUUAUGCUAUGUAGAAACAAUUGAUUCGCUGAAAAAGGCCGUCAAACUCAACGAAGCUCGCGCCAAGUUUCAGCCUGAUGCCAACAAAAUUAAGUGCAACCUUCAGAUCAACACAUCCGGUGAAUCCCAAAAGUCUGGGCUCUCUACAGAGAAGGAAAUUUUGGAAGCUGUUGAGUUUUUCCUAUCUCCUUCCGCAACCCACGUCGAACUCGCAGGUCUAAUGACCAUAGGUUCGUGGGAUAUCUCGCACUCAGAAGCGGAAGAAAAUCAAGAAUUCGCGGAAUUGGUCAAGUGGAAAGGUAUUUUGGAUGCCAAGUUCAAUUUGGCAUUGAAACUAUCCAUGGGUAUGAGUUCGGACUUUAAACAGGCCAUUAAUCAAGGUUCCUCGCAAGUCAGAAUUGGGACUGACAUUUUUGGUGCCAGGCCGUCGAGAACCGAGGCCACUGUUUAG